CAGAACCAGGGAACCCACAGCUAAUCACUAAUGGGAGGGAAAUGUUCCGGCGCUCCCCAGACUACAACUCCCAGCAGCCCCGGGAUGUGACGUCAUGUACAAGAUGGCGCCGGCCAGGCAGUGUUCCACGCUCGCAGCCCCUGCAGGUUACACAGCCGUCCCAGUGAAAUUCUCAGAAGAACGGAGAACACAUCACUAUUUGUACGUUAAGGAGCACAAAGUGAGAGAAGAAUUAGAUCAAACACGGCCACAAAACCGUACGCUGUUUGUCCUUAACGUCCCUCCGUACUGCACAAAGGAAAGUCUGUUCCAGAUAUUCACAUCCUGCUCUCCCGUGGAGUUGGUAGAGUUACAGGAUAAACCAGGGCCUUCUGAGCCGCAGUCUAACACAGUCUCACAACACUUUGGCCGGAGGCAACUCAAGGGCUUUAAAGUUGCAUAUGUUGUAUUUAAACACCCGUCCGGAGUUCAGGCCUUUAAAUCAUUAAAAGUUAAGAAACCAAUUGUGUUGUCAGAAGUCAGCCAUUCUAUAAAAACCGGAAUUAACAAGUGGGUAGAUGAUUAUCGGGCGUCUCUCACGGGUACUGCAGAGCUGCAAGCUGAAGUAGAUGAAUUUAUGAAGGGAUACGACGAGAGGGUGGCAGAGGAAGAGGAAAAGGCUAAUGAAGAAGAGGGAGUCCCUGAUGAAGAAGGUUGGGUGAAGGUGACACGGAAGGGCCGGCGUCCAGGCUUAGCAAGAACAGAGGCUGUAAAUAUCCGGGUAACAGAACGAGAAAAGAGGAAGAGAGCCCAAAAGGAACUCCUCAAUUUCUAUGCUUGGCAGCACAGAGAGAGCAAGCGAGAGCACCUAGCUGAGCUACGUAAGAAGUUUGAAGAGGACAAGCAGAAGAUUGCCCUGAUGCGUGCACAGAGGAAAUUCCGCCCUUUCUGAUGUAGGCCACUGUGGAUAAUCCAGCCAUAGUACAUCUUGUGUGGAUGCCUCAAUCAAGAGGAAGUCCACCACCAUCAUGACUAAUAUGGAUGCAAAGGUUGCCCUUUGGAAUCUGGGUCUGAAAAGUUUAGGGACAUUUUUGUACUCUUACUGUGACACAAAACUCAAGUGGAAAUAAAAACCCAAUUUCUAAUUACA